AUGGAGAUCACAGUGGUGCUUUCGAUGUGUCUCAAAGGUGAAGUCUCUCAUGUCCGAUCUUCCCUCCAUGAAAUGUUGUUACAAUGCAGAAAUUGCAUAGCACCUCCUCAGAUUCUGACCUUCAUCAGACCAUAUCCUCCUCCCGAAGUUCUUCAAUCUCUCCUCCAGAUCUACAUUGAACGCAUAUCCGAUCAGCCAUUACCUCUCUUCGACACCUCUUCCCUCCGUUCCACCGAGCUUUCAGGUGCCUUGCUCAAUAGUUUCCUGGCACUCACUGUACGGUUUUCUCGUGCUUCAUUUUUCGACGACGCCCAGUCCAAAGCAGUAGAGUACUACAAAUCCGCUGCUCGGAAUGAGUUGUUCCGAUACGCUUCAGAACCGACAGGCUCAAUUGCUGCAUUGCAAGCCUUAUGCUUACUCUGCCUCGCUGAAAUCUACGAUGGCAGAAUGGUCAGUGCUUGGAUGGCUUCCGGGGUAGCUGCCAGAGUGAUAAUUUGUUCAAACCUGGCAAUAUUGGAGGCUGGUAGGCCGACGGCACGAAAAUCAGACCUGUCAAGGUGUUGCUGGAGUUUGCUCGUCCUUGAUCGGAUUCAUGGCAGCAGUCUGAGAACCAUACCCGCCAUAUCUGACGAGGGAAUACUACCGGAGAUGCCGACAUCCAUUGCGCACGUGUUCGACCGUGUCCGCGUGGCAGAACCUACACGUUACAAUGAAGAGAAAGACGAGGGCAUCAGGUCGUAUUCUCUACAGUUGUUGAUCACCUGGGGUCGUCUGAUGCAGUACCUGAAAAGCAUCAAACAAGGCAAUCGUGAAUAUGGAUGGGAAGCCAACUCUGGGUACGCUCAAAUAAAGGCCCGAAUGUCCGAAUUUGAGACAAUCUUUCCCGAAGCACAUCGCUUUACGAACACGAAAUUCCAUGAGAAGACAAGCGCCGAACUUUGCAACGAUAGAGCAUACUGGGCCCCUUGGAUCUUCACACAGUGUAUCUAUCAUACCAUCCACUGCACUUUGAAUCACCCUUUCCUCCACGUCGCUCGCAUUCAUGGCGAGCAAAAGCUUCGUUCUCCAUCUUUCUUACAGCAUGCGAUAGAUCAGACUAUCCUGCAUUCUAAUUGGGUUAUCCAACUGCUCGCCCUAUGUGAAGAAAGGGAUUUCAAGAUCUAUGAUCCAUUUGUAGCCCAUAUGGCCGCAAUGAUAGCAACCGCUCAGUUCUUUCUGAGAUUUUCCAAGGACGAAGCUCUUGGAUUAAGAGCUACCCGGGAUUUCGAGAGGCUACAAGACUUUGUGACCAAGUCAGCGAGUGACCAUCCACAUCUCCUUUACACCAAAGCUAAGCUGUCCAAACUUGCACAACUGGCCGCCCCAUACAACGAUGCUACUCGAGCAGUACAACCGCCCAAAGUUGAGACAGCCUUACUCUGGGAUUUGCUUGACUAUGCUGUAUCCUCAUCGCCGACUAUGAGCAGCGGCGGGGGCCCAGUGGAUGAUGUCGAGUUAAGCGUCAACACCCAGUUUCUCCUGCCAGUGGACCAAACCACAGCUCCGUCGACUGUUAGAACGAUCCCGAUAUCCAACAAUAGCUCAGAGCCUUUCCCCCCGAAUUUCUGGGACGAUCCAGCAUUGGCGUUCGACAUGGCAGAUUUCUCAAACUUGCCAGAUAUGUCUGCUUUUGCAAUGCCAAAGGAUGCCUGGGUCAAUGGCCUCCUGUAA